GCAUAAAGGUACUCAUAUCAACACAACUGAAAGGGUUAACUGCAAGUCCAACCCUUCUAGUAUCUCCACCCUCUUCCGCUUUUGCUUUGAUAAAACGCACAGGCCGCUUGCUGCUCUUGUGUUUGUCUUGGGAUGAUCUGUCAUCAUGUGGUCGGCUUUCAUGAGGUUAGACCUAACAUCUGUAUGCCUGGCUCUGUUUCUGGGCUUGAUCUUUAUGGUUCUGUUUGAGAUCUUCAGGAUUAAUUCAUGCAGAGGUCAAUUUCCACCUGGUCCCAGACCUUUGCCUUUUCUGGGAAUCAUACCAAGAUCCAAGAUGACACUUGAGGCAAUAAGAUCACUAUCGCAGUACGGAGAGAUGUCUUCUGUGUAUGUUGGGAGAAAACCAAUGAUAGUCCUCAAUACAAUCCAGGUCGCUAAGGAAGCCUUCGUUCAGGAAGCCUUUUCUGGGAGACCAUUUAUGCCAAUUAUAGACUUGGUAUCCAAGAGCCAUGGUAUCAUAAUGGCCACGUUUGGUCACUCCUGGAGGCAGCAGAAACGUUUUGCUCUGCACACGCUCAGGAAUUUUGGCCUGGGGAAGAAAUCAGUAGAAGACCGCGUGUUAGAGGAAAGCCGCUAUCUGAUUGCUGAAAUGCUUAAAGCAGAAGGCAAGUCUUUGGACCCACAGCAUGCCAUACAGAAUGCUGUUUCUAACAUUAUCUGUUCCAUCGUGUUUGGAGAUCGCUUCGACUAUGAUAACAAACGCUUCUCAUACCUUCUGAAAAUCCUGAAUAAUCAAAUAGUACUCCUAGGAUCAGCUGCCGGACAGAUUUUAAACUUAGCCCCCUUCAUCAAGCAUUUUCCUGGGCCACACCAGAAGGUCAUGCAGAAUGCCACUGAGUUACUGGGCUUCAUCCGAGACGAAGUAAAAGAACAUAAAGAAACUCUGGAUCCAGACAGCCCUCGAGACUUCAUUGAUGCCUACCUGCUGGAGAUCGAGAAACAAAAGUCCAACGAGGACUCCACGUUUCAUGAGGAGAACAUGGUCAUGUCAACAGCUGACCUGUUUCUGGCUGGAACCGACACCACAUCGACCACCAUCAGAUGGGGACUCAUCUUCUUGAUUCAAAACCCAGAUGUACAAGAGCGAUGUCACGAGGAGAUUGUUGGUGUUCUGGGAUACGACCGUCUGCCCAGCAUGGAUGACCGUGAACGUCUACCGUACACAUACGCCACUGUCCACGAGAUUCAGCGCUGUGCCAACAUCGCACCUUUAGGAGUCGUUCAUGAAACCAUUCACCCCACAAAACUACGAGGAUACGACAUUCCCCAGGGAACUAAGAUCAUGACAAACCUAGCUUCAAUUUUAACCCAUAAGGAGCACUGGAAGCAUCCAGACGCCUUUAACCCGGAGAAUUUCUUGGAUGAGAACGGGAACUUCUUCAAACCAGAGUCUUUCAUCCCCUUCUCACUCGGUCCGAGGGUCUGUCUCGGGGAGACUCUGGCGAGGACGGAGCUCUUCUUGUACAUCACCUGUCUCCUACAGAGGAUUCAUUUCUCCUGGCCGCCCGAGCCGCAGUCCAUCGACAUGGAUGGGACCAUGAUUCAUUCUCACUUUCCUCAGAACUUUAACAUCGUCUGCCGCAGCAGAGAUACCAAAGAGUGACCAUCAGUAACCCUAAACAUAUCACACAGACAUCUUCAUAAUCGUGUAUGAAUCAGGUUUUCCGCUUGACAUGAAUGUAUGUUAACAGUUUUUGAUGUUUAGGCACAGCCGUAUUUUUACUUAAUCAAAUAUAUGUAUAUUUUACUGUCAUUCGGCAUAGAAUAAAUGCGUGUAUUGUAUUGUAUGGUAUUUCGUAUGGCUUGAAUACCGAACAGUCAGUCAAAUCUAUAGUAAGCAUUUUUCCACAGUAACGGUGAGUAUUUAAGGAGUAUUUGAAUUUAAAGUCAAACUAUGCACCAGAGCACAUUAUACAGGUUUAGUGGAGCCAAAUCUCCCAUGUGCAUUAUUUCGUAGAUGUAGAUGAGUUGAUUAUUUAUGGGAAGAUAUUUGAAGAAUUUUAAGUUACUCGCUCACCAAUGGGCCAUCAACAGUGAUCAACCGUCGAAAAAACCUCAUGUGUGUGUGUCUCGUGUAUGAUUAAUCUGUGAGUACGGACUGUCCCGGCUUCUUGAUGUAGUGAAUAUCCUUUAAACACUGCCCUCUGGUGGACAGGAGCUCAUGAGUGUCUUCAGAAACCUUCAGCACUGCUUCCUCAGUCUUCUCAGACGAGUAAACAAACCUCUUUCUGUCGGACACAGGGAUGUUUUGGCAGGUUAAUUGCUAAGGUUCGCAAAUUUUUGAUUCAGAUCAAAACCACGGUUUUAAUACAGGCACCAUGCUUGAACUUUUAGUGUACAACAUUUUUUGUAAUAAAAGAAAGGAUUGGUUUGCAAA